AUGGCUAACAUCACCAAGAAAGUGUCCUGGUCCAGCCGGUGCGACGAGUUCGGGGCGGUCGGGGAGGAGACCCCGCUGCUGAACGGCUCAGACCAAGCCAGACCCCUCAGACAGAUGUCAAGUGGAAGCACUGUAUUUCAGAUAGGCAGACUCAGCACGGUGGAUUUGGAAGAGGAGAUAAUCGCCGAGGAGGAUUCAGCGAGCGGGCGACCCAAAGAGAUUGCUCACAAUGAGAAGCUGCUGUCUCUUAAAUUUGAGAGUCUGGACUAUGAUAACAUUGAAAACCAGCUGUUUCUGGAGGAAGAGCGGAGGAUGAGCUUCUUGGCUUUCCGUUGUCUGGAGAUCAGUCGCUGGGUGAUCUGCGGCCUGAUAGGCUUCCUGACAGGACUGAUCGCUUGCUUUAUAGACAUCGUGGUGGAGCAGCUGGCUGGAAUCAAAUACAAAGUCAUUAAAGAGAAUAUUGUAAGGUUUACAGAAGCAGGUGGACUGUCCAUCUCCCUCAUCCUCUGGGCUGUCCUCAACUCUUCCUUUGUCAUGCUGGGAGCCAUCAUGGUCGCUUUCUUUGAGCCCAUCGCAGCUGGAAGUGGGAUUCCUCAGAUAAAAUGUUACCUAAAUGGAGUGAAGAUUCCCAGGGUGGUGCGGCUAAAGACUUUGGUGAUAAAGGUGUGCGGUGUAAUCUGCUCCGUGGUCGGGGGUCUGGCUGUAGGGAAGGAAGGGCCGAUGAUUCAUUCUGGCGCUGUGGUAGCAGCUGGGGUCUCGCAGGGCAGGAGCACUUCCCUGAAAAGAGACUUUAAGAUAUUUGAAUAUUUCCGGAGAGACACGGAAAAAAGGGACUUUGUUUCUGCUGGAGCUGCAGCUGGAGUUUCUGCUGCGUUUGGAGCUCCAGUUGGCGGGGUACUGUUCUCUCUCGAGGAAGGAGCCUCUUUCUGGAAUCAGAUGUUAACCUGGAGGAUUUUUUUUGCUUCCAUGAUCUCCACUUUCACGCUGAACUUCUUCCUCAGUGUAUAUCACAAUAAAACAGGAGAUCUUUCCAAUCCGGGUCUCAUCAAUUUUGGAAGCUUUGAGAGUGAGGCGAUGGGAUAUAACCUCUAUGAGAUUCCUUUGUUUAUGGCCAUGGGAGCUUUAGGUGGACUUCUAGGAGCUUUGUUUAAUUUUCUCAACUACUGGCUGACCAUCUUCAGGAUCAGAUACGUGCACCGGCCAUGUUUGCAAGUGAUGGAGGCCGUGCUGGUGGCUGCAGUGACGGCGGCGGUGGCUUUCAUCAUGAUCUACUUCUCCGUCGACUGUCAGCCUCUGGCCCCGGAUCACACUGAGGAAUACCCACUGCAGCUGUUCUGUGCAGAUGGAGAGUAUAACUCCAUGGCCACGGCCUUCUUCAACACUCCUGAGCGAAGUGUGCGUAGUCUCUUCCACAAUCCGCGAGGAACCUACAACGCCCUGACUCUGGGUUUGUUCACACUGACCUACUUCUUCCUGGCGUGUUGGACCUACGGCCUGUCGGUGUCUGCUGGAGUGUUUAUCCCGUCGCUCCUGAUAGGAGCCGCCUGGGGGAGGCUGUGUGGAAUAUUGCUGGCCUCUACUACCUCUACUGCCUCAACGUGGGCCGACCCUGGUAAAUAUGCCCUGAUAGGAGCUGCUGCUCAGUUAGGGGGCAUAGUGAGAAUGACCCUCAGCUUGACGGUCAUCAUGAUGGAGGCAACGGGCAACGUCACCUACGGCCUCCCCAUCAUGCUGGUACUCAUGACAGCCAAGAUAGUAGGAGACUACUUCCAAGAAGGUUUAUACGACAUCCACAUCAAGCUGCAGAGCGUCCCCUUCCUGCACUGGGAGGCUCCUGCUACCUCCCACUGGCUCACGGCCAGGGAGGUGAUGAGUUCUCCGGUCAUCUGCCUGAACAGAAUCGAGAAGGUUGGAACAAUCGUCGACAUCCUCAGCAACACCUCAACCAAUCACAACGGCUUCCCUGUCGUCGUGCAGGUUUCUGUCGAUGAUGAGCCUGCUAAACUCUGCGGCCUAAUACUCCGCUCUCAGCUCAUCGUCCUCCUCAAGCACAAGGUGUUUGUGGAGCUGGCUCGGUCCCGGCUCACUCAAAGGAAGCUCCAGCUGAAAGAUUUCAGGGACGCCUACCCGCGGUUCCCUCCCAUCCAGAGCAUCCACGUGUCUCAGGAUGAGAGGGAGUGCAUGAUGGACCUCACCGAGUUCAUGAACCCAACUCCCUACACUGUACCGCUGGAGACGUCUCUUCCUCGUGUGUUUAAGCUGUUCAGAGCACUCGGACUCAGGCAUCUGGUGGUAGUUGAUGAUGAGAACAGGGUAAAUGGACUGGUGACCAGGAAGGACUUAGCCAGGUACCACCUGGGAAAACACGGACUGGAGGAGCUUCAUUUGGCUCAGACAUAAUACAGAGAUAUGCACACUGAUGGACAAUAACGCACGUGAUGCCUCAGAGGCCACCAGCCUUACCCUCAAAUCUGAGAGCUCCGUUUCUACGCCACGAACAUCAUGUGAAAUGAGUGUAAAGGAAAUUAUGUCACUUUGUUAUUAAACAUUUUUUAGAUUUACUGCUUUUGCUCAAUUUUCCAU